AUGGCUUCUUCUGUCAGUGUCUUUGGUCCAGCUUCUGCUCGUUUGAUCUCUUACAAGCGAGGACCUACGCGAGUUCGAUGCGACAAGGAAGAAGAUAGGAAUUGGAGACGAGAACCAAAGCAGAGCUGGGGACAAUCUACACCAAAUCUCGCAAAGAAAAGCAAAGCCAAGGAUUUAGGUUUUGCGAUCACCGCGAGUGAUUGGAAAAGGAUGUUAGAGAAGAGUGAAGGAGGCUUUGUGGACGAUGUUUAUAAAAAAUACAUUCAGUCAAAGCUUGAGACGAAUGAGACGGUGGUGAACGAAGGAUCCGACGGUGGUGGUAAACGUGAAGCCGGCGAAAAGGGUUCCGGCGGUGCUGACCUGAAGAAUGCGGCGGUGACGGAAGCACGAAAAGGACCUCCUUCACCAGCAUCGCCCCACCCUAUGUACAACGGACCUCCGGAAUACCCAAAGAUCGGCGACCAACCGUUUUUCCCUCCGCCGGAGAGAACUCCGUCGUUUCAACAUAACUCAUCUCCUUCUUCAUCUUCAUCUGGAUUAGGAAUCAAGGUGACUCUUAAGCCUGAGCAUCGGAUCACUCCUCCGCCUCCGUUAUUGCCUCGAGUUGGAGAUAUUACUCGGAGCAGCUUUCAGUUUGAUUUCUGUUUAGAAAGGAAGGUGCUUGCGGAGGCUGAGAAGGAUAACCUCCUCCCCCGUCUAACUUUCCUCAACCACCGACACCUUCAAUGGGUGUGGAUCCUGUAGUGAUGAAAUAUGCUGGGCUCAGCCGAGAAGUUGUCAACAUCGCUGUUGCAAACUAUGGUGAUAAUCCCACCAAGCUGCAUUUAUCUUAUUUCCAUUUAUCACACUCUAUUCAUGU